GGAACAACAGACCCCUCAUGAAAAUAUCGGGAAUUCUACAACUAUCUCACACCCAUGUCUGCGACCCACAGACGGGCGAUGCCACCCGCUUCGGUCGACGGUACUACAAUUAAGGCCGACAACAAUCUCACUAAGGACCUUGAAUUCCCAGAGGGACCAACUGAGAGCCAUGUGUUGUCUCAAGUGGAACAAGAUGAAAAAGGCCUCUCACAAAAAGCUGGCGACACAGCGGAAAUUACCAAUAUCGGAUGGGGUGAAUCUCCAGAUGCCAUCGGGGAACCUUUAGUGGCAGGAAUAUCCAAUGAGGAUUUGUGGAUGCUCAUUAGACGAUUUGACAAGCAAGUCUAUCGAGUCAAAGCAGUUCCCGAUGCUCCCGUGCAGAGACUAGAUCUCACGAGAAAAGACGACGAUGAAUUCUCGCCGGAUAAACUCCGGGCUACACUUGAACGUUUUUACACCACCGUUAUUGUUGGCUUGACCAAUUGUAUCAAACAUAUUGCUCGACUACGGUCAUGGAAGGAGCCGCGACGAACCGCUGCCUUUUGCACGAUCUACGUUUUAUCAUGGCUCCUCGAUAUACUCGUUCCAACUAUGCUGCUCACCCUACUUGCCCUGGUGGUCUAUCCACCAUGUCGAUCACUCAUGUUCCCUCCCGCUCCAAUUUCUCUUGUCAACAAAGAUACGGGUGGUGUACAAAAGCCAAAGGCGGGAAUCCUUGGAUCUGAUAACAGUAUUACUGGGGCCCCCGAGAAAUUCAAGGGCGAGGCAGCCGAGCAAGAGGCCAGUAAUCUUGUUGCAAGUGUUGCCAGUGUGGCCGUGGGAAGCGCAGUCGGGAAGCAUGAUCAAGGGGUCCCUGAUGAUGCACCCUUGGAAGACGAUGUGCCAGACGCGAUGGAUAUGGUUGCCAAUACUGCCGAUGCGCAAAGCGCUGCUAAUGGAAAGGUGCCAAGCGACUCCCAUGACAAAACACGACAGCCUAUGAGGCAGAGCGUGAUGGACGCUGCGAACGUUUCUAUGCAGGUGGUAGGCGACAUUACAGAUACCUAUGAGAAGCUGGGCAAUGCUCUAUCCGCAACGGCCCCGUUUCCUCAACUGAGUCCUCGUCUGCGCCUGGUGGCUGUGUUGGGUCCAGCAUUCCUGGUCUCAAUGCUGGCAUCUUGCUACUUUUUCAUGAAGCUCACUACACUUUCGAUCGGGCUCGCCUUCUUUGGAGACCCUGUCAUCAGACGAGGGGUUGUAUAUCUGAAUCGCCGCGUCCCGGGGUGGCAGAAGCUUAUUGAGUUGCAAAAUUUCCUCCUACAAGACAAAGUGCCCUCGCGGCCAGCUUCUUUAAAUCAGGAGGAACUAACACUAGGUGCUACUGACGAGGAAAUUAAACAAGCUGCACUGGUUAAGCCUGACGACCACGUCCAGGAGGUCCAAGCUUCACCAGAGAAGAGCCACAAAAGGACAUUGGGGUCUAGCAUUCUGGGCUUCUUUCGGGGAACCACGGCUAGUGGUGUCGAGAGCAAAAGAGGGGUCGAUCGCUUGCGAGCAGCAACCGGUUCCCGCCAUGCCAAGAAUCGUGUCGGCAUCCUACGUGACAGAGGGAAGAGGAUAACGCCUGGUGGACCUGUGGCAUUUGACGCCCGAUGCAAAGGCAAGCGGGGCACCGUGAUUAUUGACUCAACCAAGGAGCCUCCACUGCUGUAUUUCACGACCGAUACACCGCAGAAUGGAGACGGACAGUUGGAGAAUCGCAAGGUUGGAUCAGUUUUGUUCACCAUGCCGGUGACUGAUAUCCAGGAGAUGCGAAAGUUAGGCGGUAUGGGAUGGAAGGGGAAAUUGGUUGUUGGUUGGGCUCUUGGUAGUAAGGAGGUGGUUGAUGGUUUACUCAUCACUGGCAAGAAGCCAGGGCAGUCAUAUCAACUCACUGCAAUGGGGACGAGGAACCAAUUGUUUAAUCGGCUUAUUGCCAUCGAUGGACAGGUUUGGGCGAGCUGUUGA